UAUGAUCGUCUUCAUUUAAUUCUCAUACACGAUGGUUCAGGAGAUAAAAAUAAAAGUUAAUAUGCACUCCGAAAAAUGCAGGAAAGGGGUGAUGAAGGCUGUCACUAAAUUAUCUGGGGUCGACCAGGUAACGGUGGAUCUACCGAAGGAGAUGUUAGUGGUGAUCGGUGAUGUCGAUCCUGUUUGUGUCGCAACUUGCUUGAGGAAGAAACGAUGGGUUGCUCAGAUAGUUAGUGUUGGACCAAAAAAGGAGAAGGAGAAAGAUGAAAAUAAACUCUUUCCAAUGAUGUAUUGUAACGCUCCUUAUGAUUAUGGAUAUGGGUAUGGGUAUUACCCUGUGUAUCGUUCAAUAGAAUGAUGCUCGAACUACUGACUAUUGUAAAAUACAAAAUCAAAAUGUUGUGUGUCGUUUAUUUCAAAGCAAUUCUGUGUUUAUUUUUUGUUUGUAUAAAUGCAUUUCUUUCGUAGUAUGAGUUUGAGUAAGAAACGAGUAAACGUGCUCGAAUAUGAGCUUUGCAUA